ACUUUUCUGGCCCAGUUGUGAUGUUUACGUGAAAACGUGCGUUUGGAGCGACCACGUCCUCUCGCCGAUUCUCCAAAUGCGGAUGCAGUGCAGCCAGUUGUGAGAUCUCCCCCGAAAAAAAAUCCCCGAGAUGAAGUUCGCCGAGCAUCUGACCGCUCAUAUAACGCCCGAGUGGCGGAAGCAGUACAUUAACUACGAGGAGAUGAAGGCCAUGCUGUACGCAGCCAUCGAACAGUCUCCGUCCGCCGAGCUCGUUGAGCGGGAGAUGGUGACGCGGUACUUCGCCAAGUUCGAUGAGGAGUUCUUCCACUACUGCGACAAGGAGCUGGCCAAGAUCAACACAUUCUACUCGGAGAAGAUGGCCGAGGCGACCCGCAAAUAUGGCAGUCUGCGAAGCGAACUAACCGAGGCCCUGGAGAUGGGGCAUCCGAAGAAGCUGCCCGCCUGGAAGAGGCGAACGCCGCUGGGCAAGAAGAAUGUGCCGGCGCGCAAGAUACAGGAUCUCAAGUUGGCAUUUAGUGAAUUUUACCUGGGGCUGAUACUGCUCCAGAACUAUCAGAACCUCAACUUCACGGGUUUCCGUAAGAUACUUAAGAAACACGACAAGCUGCUCAGUGUGGACUACGGAGCACGUUGGCGAAUGGAUCACGUGGAGGCGGCUCACUUUUACACCAACAAGGACAUCGAUCGGCUGAUCCAGGAAACGGAGCAGGCCGUCACGCAGGACAUCGAAGGAGGUGAUCGACAGAGGGCCAUGAAGCGAUUGAGGGUUCCGCCGCUGGGUGAGCAGCAGAGUCCUUGGACCACCUUCAAAGUGGGUCUCUUCUCCGGCGCCUUUGUUGUCCUUUUCAUAACGGUUGUGAUUGCGGCCAUGUUCUACGGAUUUGGCGAGAAUUGGCGGGCCGGAAUGCGGAUGUUCCGAGCUCCCUUCCUCAUCAUCGAAUGCCUCUUCCUCUGGGGCGUCAAUGUCUACGGAUGGCGAUCGUCCGGCGUGAAUCACGUGCUCAUCUUCGAGUUGGAUCCACGGAAUCAUCUCUCCGAGCAAAACAUCAUGGAGGUGGCAUCGAUAUUUGGAGUUAUCUGGGCCUGUGCCGUGCUGAGCUAUAUCUUUUGCGAUCCGCUGGGCAUUCCACAGUAUGCUGCCCCACUUUGCCUCUACACAUUGAUGGCCGCCUUUCUACUUAAUCCCACAAAGACUUUCCAUCACGAAGCCCGAUUUUGGGCUUUGAGGGUGUUGAUACGCGUGAUAAUGGCGCCCUUCUGUUUCGUUAACUUUGCCGAUUUCUGGCUGGCCGAUCAGCUGAACAGUAUGGUGCCAGCUUUUCUGGAUAUACCCUUCCUGAUUUGCUUCUUUGGUCGCAGUCCCACGUGGCACAAAGCUGGAAAGGACGCCAGCCACUGCGUGGAGUAUGUGUCCCUGUUGCAUCCCAUUGUUGCCAUUUUGCCCGCCUACUUCCGGUUUGCCCAGUGCAUCCGCCGAUACCGCGACACAAAGGAGUCAUUUCCGCAUUUGGUGAACGCAGCGAAGUAUGCAACUUCCUUCUUCGUGGUGAUAUUCGCCCACAAAUACCACACGACCACGGACACCUACCCGCUGUCGAAGGAGAAUCCUUGGUUCUAUUGCUGGAUUACGGCGGCCAUCUUCUCCUCCUGCUACGCAUACACAUGGGACAUCAAGAUGGACUGGGGAUUGUUCGACUCGAAGGCGGGCGACAAUCGAUUCUUGCGUGAGGAAAUCGUUUAUUCAUCGACGUGGUUCUACUACUUCGGCAUAAUUGAGGACUUAAUACUGCGCUUCAGCUGGACCCUCUCCAUGAGUCUAAUUGAGGCCGGCUAUAUCGAGGGCGACGUAAUGAUGACCAUUCUCAGUCCCCUGGAGGUUUUCCGUCGCUUCAUUUGGAAUUACUUUCGGUUGGAGAACGAGCAUCUGAACAACGUGGGCAAGUUCAGGGCGGUGAGGGAUAUAUCCGUGGCACCCAUGGAUUGCUCAGAUCAGACCACAAUUCUACGCAUGAUGGAUGAAACGGAUGGAGUGCUGAAUCGAAGGCGUGGAAAAGCCGCUGGCGGCAAAUCCGCAACCAAGAAGAACAAACAGGAGCAGCGCCUCCUCCUCCAAGGAGAAUCCAUCGAGGACCUUUGCUCGUAAAUAGAAGGAUGUGGAUGCGGAUGCGGAUACCCAAUGAACAACUCUCUGUGUGCACAAAUUUUCAGUUCAUGCCAAUAAAACACUGCAGUUUCAUUUUUGGACAAUGACUGAAA